AUGGAAAUUGAACCGUCGAUAACUUUUCCAAAGCAACCAUCAGCUCAUGAUCCAACCCUUUCACGAACUUUGCCUCCUUUGCCCACACUCUCAAAGAAUGGAAUGGAGUAUACUUUGUCAGAGCAGCGUACCAAAUCUACAGAUGAAAUUUCAGGAAAGCUGUUUGAUGUGAAUUUUUUACCAAUGGAUGCAGUAAGAUCAGGGUAUGUUGCAUCCUCCGAAGGUGAUGCCAACAGUGAAGGUGCGCUGUUAUUUAGCCAAAAAAGCGAUACAGAUUUGAAAAAGCCUUCAGAUCAUACACUCUUAAUCAUGUCGUUUAUGGACAAACUAAAGGAAGACGGGCUACUGAUCUCUCGUGUGAAAACUUCCAAUAGCUUAUUUCGUGCAUGUGCCGAUCUGACCUUGGGGAAUGAGCGCUUGUAUCAGUUGAUCAAAGAUGACUUUCUUGAAUUUACUGAAUCCAACUGGAACUUGUACCAACAUCUUUCAAAAUCACCAGCACAACCUAUUCUCACUUAUUCUCAAUAUCAAGCAGGCGUGUUUGGACCACAUUGCAAUCGUACACGUAGAAUUGGCUUUUUUGAGCUACAGAUUAUGGCUGAUAUGCUCAAUCAGUCAUUACAUAUCUUUAAAGCAGGAAAUGAGCAAUUAUGGCCCUUGGUGGUUGAUCCAUGUCUGAAUCGGUCUGCUUUAAAACGGAAUGAAAAAAGCAAUGAUUCAGCUCAACCUCUGAAGCUGGGCGUUAUCGGCGAGUCUCAAUACGUACCGAUAAGAUUCCAAAAUAGUCCAACUCUAAAGAAAAAAAGUACGUCUCAGCGUACUGUACGUAUUUCCGAAGAGGAUCCAAAAAAAAUUCAAGAGGCAAGUAUGAAUGCUCAAUCUCAAAAACUUAUUGAUGAUGAAAUUUGUCGGGUUUUUUCCCAAGGUCAGAAGCAACUUUACCAAACAGCUCAAACAGCACCCAACAUUCAAUUGAUUUCACUUGGAAGCGCAAGUAUAGAAGACAUGGCUUUAGACCACUACAAUAAUAGCUUGAAUUCUGACAUGGUUAUGACAGAUUCGAUGUAUGAUUGGGACUGCCAAUCCGUGUCGUCUGUAGGUGCUAUUGAUGGAUCAGAAAGUGCAGAUUGGUCCAACAAGAGUCAUUCGCGGGGUUCUUCCGGUUCAAAAAAUGGAAAUGGAUUGGAUGGAUCUAGCAAACUUGCACGCAAAUUAUUAGCCAAAGGAGAAUUCUCACCUCGGUUUGAGCGAUCUCAUGCCGAAAUCUAUAAUGCCAGUGGAAGUGGUAGUACAGCGCUGGAUCACAAUGAUGUUGAUUUGAACAAUGAAGGCGCCACUAAAGGGUCUUUACUAUCUCAGCGCAAACUAUCAACCAAGCAAUCCCAUCAGAGCCAGCCUCCAUACCAGGACCGUCAUCGCAAUAACAGCCACGACCACUCUAAACCACGACACCAUCAUAUCGAGUUUGCAGCAUCGAAUGAACAAGGCGGAUCAGACAGCAGUAUUACAGAAGAGGAGUUUCGACAAAUACAAUCAGCGAUUGAGUUGUCGCUCAAGGAUCACCAAGUCGGAUAUCGUGGCGGUGAUAAGAUUGAGGACACGAGUAGUUCGGGAUCGAAAGGGAUCGAUGGUUUGAGUAUUCGUAGCAGUUUUGAAAACAAACAAAUUCAAGACGAUGACAGUUUUAUACAUGAGCAAAUAGGAAGCAACAAAGAAGAUUAUGAUGAGGAAGCAGCACUCCAGCAGGCUUUAUCGCAGUCAUUGAUUGAGUUUGAAGAUCAGACGCGUCGCAAGUUGUUCCAUUCCAAGAAUAAAGGGAAAGGGCGAGCAGAGUAG